CCCCCCGUUCACGUCGUCUGACCCGAUGAAGACGUACAACAUCAUCCUCCGCGGGAUCGACGCCGUGACGUUCCCGCGCAUCGUGUCCCGGACGGCGCAGGGCCUCAUCAGGCGGCUGUGCCGGGAGAUCCCCGCGGAGCGGCUCGGCUACGGGCGCAACGGGCUCGCCGACGUCAAGAAGCACAAGUGGUUCCAGGGUUUCGACUGGGACGGCCUGAAGCACAGGCUCCUUACACCACCCAUUCAGCCACAGAUUUUUCGCUCAUCGGUCAACCUGCAUCUC